AUGCUACAGUGUGAUGGGGUACCUACACCCACAUUGCUACAGUGUGAUGGGGCACCUACACCCACAUUGCCACAGUGUGAUGGGGCACCUACACCCACAAUGCCACAGGGUGAUGGGGUACCUACACCCACAAUGCUACAGUGUGAUGGGGCACCUACACCCACAAUGCUACAGUGUGAUGGGGCACCUACACCCACAAUGCCACAGGGUGAUGGGGCACCUACACCCAUAAUACCACAGUGUGAUGGGGCACCUACACCCACAAUGCUACAGUGUGAUGGGGCACCUACACCCAAAAUGCCACAGGGUGAUGGGGCACCUACACCCAUAAUACCACAGUGUGAUGGGGCACCUACACCCACAAUGCUACAGUGUGAUGGGGCACCUACACCCACAAUGCCACAGGGUGAUCGGGCACCUACACCCAUAAUACCACAGUGUGAUGGGGCACCUACACCCAUAAUACCACAGUGUGAUGGGGCACCUACACCCACAAUGCCACAGGGUGAUGGGGCACCUACACCCACAAUGCCACAGUGUGAUGGGGCACCUACACCCACAAUGCCACAGGGUGAUGGGGCACCUACACCCACAAUGCCACAGGGUGAUGGGGCACCUACACCCACAAUGCCACAGUGUGAUGGGGCACCUACACCCAUAAUACCACAGUGUGAUGGGGCACCUACACCCACAAUACCACAGUGUGAUGGGGCACCUACACCCAAAAUGCCACAGGGUGAUGGGGCACCUACACCCAUAAUACCACAGUGUGAUGGGGCACCUACACCCAGAAAAAGAACAACAAGAAACAGUAUAAAAAUGUAG